UUCAUUGGAGACCUUAGACAGCCAGCCACCGAGAACGUUGUAUAAAAACGGCACCUCCAGCCGAAGCUCAAUUCAGUUGGGUCUAAGUCCAGACCGAGAUCAAUGUUCAGCAUGCAGUGGCUCCUCCUUACCCUCAUCGUGUGCCUUACGGGCGGAAGUUAUGUCCAGGCCCGUCAGAUACGGAUCAAUCGCUAUGCUGUUAGUGUGCAGGAGGAUGAGGCGGCGGCCCAGGUGAGGGAGUUGAAGCCAACGCCGUAUCCAGCAGCAGGCUAUCGGCCGCAGGGACGUUCGUUCUGGCUUCCAGGGGAGGUCGAGACCGACGACGACGGCGUCGCAGCUCCCAGUGAGGGAUCCGGCUUGGGUGCAGAGACUACAACAACGGAGGUGCCCAUUGAGGAUGCUUCGACUAGUACUACGGAGUCCGCCGACUGGAGCACCACCACAACCUGGGACUCAACCUCACUAGAUACCACCACCACAGCUCCUCCUACACCCGAUAACAGUCUCCGCUCGGGCAGGGCCUUUGUCAGGGCUCCCUAUCCGCCCGCGGGAUAUCGUCCAAGCCGCGCCUUCCGCCUGCCCACUGAGGAGAAUGCGGAGCAACAGCAGCAGCAGCAGCCCGAAGAAUCCUUGGCCAGCAAUUCCACCGACAGCAAUGCCGAUCAUCCGGUCUGCGGGGUAAGCACCAAUCCCCUGAUGCCCACCCCAGAGCCUGGGUCCAAGGAUGAGCCGGACUCGGAGAGUGUGGUGAUCACCGCAAAUCUAGGACCGGCUGUGCUUGUGGCCAGAGCUCCCAAGCCACCAAGCUCCAUACCAGUGGCCAUUCCCCUGCGCUCCCAGCCGCUAAUGGAGGCCCCGAGGCGGGGAUUCGUCUACACUACGCAUGUGGAGCAACGCUGGUGAAAAUUCAUCGGGUAUAUAUAGCAUCUAGGAUGUUAUAGAAACACCUUCUUUAUUGUUAAAAGUUCAGUAUUUAUAGGUUUUCUUUUUUUUUGUAUUUGGAAUAAAUAAAUUUUUGUCUAAUGUUAUUUACACCUAAAAGAAA